CAAAUCGUAAAAAAAGUAGGAAAUAAUUGAGUGUAAAGCCUGAAAAUCUCUUCCAUAUGAAAAGUACUGAAAGAGUAUCAAAAAUCUCUUCCCCCAUGGAAAAUAAAAAUUAUUCUUUAAAAAAGAGAAUUGGGGACAAGAAAAAAAUUCCUAUUAUCUGCAGCAUCCAAAAUAGGUGAGGGGGGCGAGGAAAAUAUCAUCGAUUCAAAAGCGUCGACGCGACGCAGAGGGCGUCCAUGCUACCAGUACACAGGGUGGCGAACUUCCCGUUCAUGGAGUUAGUGUACAUUUGAAAUUUGUACCGAGAGUAGUAAAUUCAAAACAGGUGCAAUUUUUUUUUUCAUCACGCGCCUGGGUACAAUUAGAAAAAUGGAGACAACACGUGUACCCAGGGCUCCAGCACCACGUCUCAUUUUUCUCUUUUGCACUCUCACUCUUACUUUUGCAGCAACUGGGAUGUUGUGUGCGGCAAUUAUGUCCGAUUAUUGGGAGGAAGUCGAAUGGAAUAGGGACGAAAUAUCCCAGGCAAAUAUAAAUCCCACGUGGUAUUUGGACGGUAAAGUUGCCAUGCUCGAGGCAUUACCUGUUCACGGGAGCUUUCAGCGCUUUCAAAAAAAGCACGCAUUUUUGGUUCCAAUGCACGGCGGAAUAUGGACAAUGUGUGUAUCACUCAGUGAUGAGGAAAUUCGUCUUUUAGAACGAAUAGGCUUUCCACAAGAAAGAUGUAUUAAUUAUUUAUAUCCUGAUGAGGCUCACGAGGAAAUGAGAGCUGUUUGGCAAAAUCGCAUGCAAAAUUUGAGUAUUUCCUGUUCAUUGGUUUGCCUGAUAAUUCUUGGCACUGCUGUUUUGGUUGGCUCAUUUGGAUUGUGCCGACAUCAAAUAUCAGCUGUUCUUGUUACUGGUGUAAUGUACCUUUUGGCUGCCACUUUUGCACUUUUUACAUUGACAAUAAUUCAUUACAAAAGAGCACAAGAUCGAAAUCCAAGAAUUUUUAAUGGACCAGAAGAUGGAGUGAUAGGUGGUUCUGUACCACGAAAUAUUCUAAAAGCGAGAAUCUUCAAAACCUCAUGGAGCAUGGAUUUCGGAUGGGGUGGAGUGACUCUUUGUUCUCUUGCAUCUGUUGCUUGGAUUUUACUCAGCAAAAUCAUGAGAUUCAGUCCAAUAUCUAUUAUGUUCGCGUAGCAAAGGGAAACCUUUCAGGUUUAAAUUUCAAUUUCUUUUUUAAUGCUAUUAUUAUUGUUACUGUUAUUAUUUUUAUUAUUACUACUGACAUUAUUUUCAUUAUUAUUUUUCUUCAAUUAAUAUUAUUAUUAUUAUUAAUGUUAGAUAUUAUAAUUUAUAAUAAUUAUUAUUUAUUAUAAUUACUAGUGUUAUUAUUAUUUUUAUUUCUGUCACUAUUAUUAUGAGUCGAUGAACAAAUAACGAACAAUAUUUUUCAAAUAAUAUGCGAACCAUGAAUGACGAAAUAAUUUCGAUACAAUAAAUGCACAAAGUAUUUCUAAUUAAUUCAUUCAAUUUCAAUAGAUAAAUAAUUUCCUUUGACAAAUUUCUAAAAUAAUAAAACGAUUCACAUAUC